AUGAAUUUCUGCGCACGAUGUAGUCUACACACUGCACGGUGCACACACAAGACGUCGCCGACAAUUAGCUACGACGAUGGUGCCUUACACGUGCAAGGCGGCUGUGCAACGAUACGCGAUCUUAUCGAGUACCGGACGAACGACGGGAAACAGAUUGGACCAAUCUUUCACUUUGACGAGGUAUGGAAGGGUACCUCGGUGACGCUUGGUGUAGCAUUUCCUAAAGGCGAGCUGCUGAUCAUGUUUUUUCUGACAACGAAUCUUCAGGACAAAAAGUGGUACACCGACACCUACACGGGCACCUAUUACCUGGAGUCGGACGUGUUCAUCACGAACGGAGCUACCCUCAGCAUCGACGGCUCGGAAAGCGAAGAAAAUGAGUGCGAGACACUCCUCUUGGCAAGCAACAGCAGCACCUUCAACAGGAUCACGGCUCACGGCGGGAACCUGGACAUUCGGUACACUAAAAUAUUUUCGUGGGACCUCAAAAAUGAAGACUACGACACGGAUCCAAGCGAUGGUCGAAGCUACUUGAGCGCUGUCACGGAGAAGAUUACCGGGCGAACGAAGGACACCUGUCCCGACGACUCGAGCAGCUCGAACGGCCAAGCCAAGGAGGACAUGGGAAACGCCAACAUGGACAUCCACCGAUCAGAAAUUGGAUACCUUGGAUACGACGGCUCUGAGGCCUACGGCAUCUCGUACAAGGCCCGCGGGUUGUGCAAGGACAAUUCCAACCUCGACAUCUUCGACGACGACAACGGGCUCAACGUCGGUGUUACUGGAGACAUUUACGAUUCCGACCUGCACCACAACUGGUUCGGGCACUACUCCUGGGGACACGACGGCGGAAAGUGGCAGUACAACACCGUCCACGACAACUACGGCUAUGGGUUCGACCCGCACGACGACUCCGACAAGCUCAAAAUCGUCGGGAACGAGGUCUACAACAACGGGUGGCAUGGAAUCAUCUACACGUAUGGCCUACUUAGAAUGGUCUACAACAACGGUCGGCAUGGAAUCAUGCUGCACCGAUCCUGCGACCGUGCCAAUGUGAGGGAAAACUACGCCUACAAUAACGGGGAAGCUGGAAUCGCGUUGUUUGAGACCUCCGACAGCAAGGUCUACAAAAACACCCUCGAGAACAACAAGUACGGCGUCCGCUGGAGUAAUGGUGCCAACAACAACAGGGUCUGGAAGAACGACAUCGUGGUUGAGGCGGACCAGGGGGGCGACUUCGCGUUUUACAUGUGUGAGUUUGCGCAGACGGAUGGGGAGACAGUCAAGGGAACCGAUCCUCAGGAGGCAGAAGGCAAUGAAGACGGCCGUAUCAGAGACAACAGCGUAUACAGAAACAACAUCUGGUCCGAUCAAGACAUGGUGUGGAAGGCCACGGAAGCAGAGGACAACGUAUUUUGGGUACGUUCGUUCUUGUUCAUGGGUUCCCGCGAAAAGUAA